UUCAAGUCGUUAGAAAGAUUCCCCGUGUCCGUGAUAUCUUGAAAUCUUAAUCUUCGCAGAAUGUUUCCAGGACAAUUACAGCCCACGCAUUAAACACAUUGAGGCGUUGUACACCUGGCACGGUUAAUUUAUUUUUCGCUUUUGAUGUAACAACCUACUUGAUGUGGCAUAGUUUUUAACUGAAACGAUCUUCGAUCAUUUCUCCGUCGCUUUCUCUUAUUUUUCUCCCAAAGCGUGAAAAACCGUACAUUGUAACGGUGUGUGCUUAAGACCCAUCGGACAUCCCGAUAUUUAGUGUAAUUCUAAUGAUGUAGUACACCCAGUGUCAGUGACGUCUUCCAGUCAGCACACAGCAGUUGUAAGCAGCUUUGCUGAGUCGUGGGUUAAUCUUCAUUGUGCAGAAAUAUGGUUUGAAACGUUACGGCUCGAAGCGAGUCGACUUCUUCGCCUGCUGGUCAAGGCGAUGUGAACGAGAGAGAAAAAAACGAAUUUUCUGAUUUCGGAAAGAAAAAAACCCGAGGCCCGAUUUGUGUGGACUACCAUGGAGUGCGCCUGUAUGCAAAUUCAGAUGCGCUCCAUGUAACUUUGCCCGUCGUCUUCUGGCUCGUUGGUGCGGCUGGAGGGGUUAUUUUCUUCUUGAGCACCUACCGUGCUCGCUGGCUUCUAACUAUUAUGCUAGCAAACACAAGGGGGUUCUUGUGGUCAGACGUGGAGACCAGAGCCUUGCUGGACAUCUGGGGUGAGCAGGAUGUGCAGACGGCGCUGGACGGAAACUUUCGGAACAGUCAUGUUUACCGCGAUGUCGCUUGCAGGCUGGGGGAGAUGGGCUUCGACAGGACACCCGAGCAGUGCAGGAUACGCGUGAAGGGGUUAAAGAGGCAGUACUACCAGGCCAAGGAAGGCAUCAAAAAGAACGGACACUACCGCAAGAUCUGCAAGUUUUAUGACGAGAUGGAUAGGAUACUGAGCAACAGACCCCACAUCGACCCGCAGGACAUGAUCGAUAGUGUGGCCAUAGGGGACGAAGCAAUGGACGGGACGGAGGAGGAGGGUGAAGGCAUUGACCACCCGCAAGAAGCCUACGGAGAGAGCACCGGCGAGUGCUCCUACACUGAGCACCCGGUGAAGCUAGAGUACCCGUCCUUUCCGAUUCCCGUGCCGGUGAGCAACAGUGCCAGCGUGGGACAGAGGCAGAACCACGUCCAGAACAGUACCCCUGCUGCCACCCGCCCAAAGAGGUCCAAAAAGCGCUACGCGAACCUGUCGCUGGACAAGCUGAUGGAGAAGUUCCUGGAGCAGAGCAUGGAGGCCGAGGAGAGCUUCUAUAAGUACGAGGAGCAGCGGCUCAAAGUGGAGGACAGGCGGCGCGAGGCGGAGCACGCCCGGGAGCUCCAGAUGUUGCAGGUGCUGGGGCAGAUGUUUGCCGGCAUUGCCAGUCCUGCCGCCCCGCACCCCCAGACCGCGCCCUGCGCCCCUCCGCAGCGCCCCCACAAUCCCCAGCCUGCAGGCUGUUCUAAUCAAACUGCGACACCGGGCCCAGCCCAGGCCAUAGGUACCUCUGCUUUCAUCCCGCCUCCUCGCCGCAGGAGUCCCAAAAUAAUUGAGCGAGCCUUCUCACUUAGAAGUCCAUCACCGAGGAAUAUGGAAAAUAUGAUUCCGCUUGUGAAAAAUAUUAUUCCUCCUUGGACUUCAAAAAAACAUAAAGGCCAGGAUGGAAGAGUUGGUAUCAUAGGAGGAUGUCAAGAGUACACGGGAGCACCAUACUUUGCAGCUAUUUCAGCACUUAAAGUGGGAGCUGAUUUGUCACAUGUAUUUUGUACCAAAGAUGCUGCAACUGUAAUAAAAUCCUACAGUCCAGAGCUCAUAGUACAUCCAGUCCUCGACAGUCCCAACGCAGUCGCAGAAGUGGAGAAGUGGCUGCCCAGGCUUCACAGUGUCGUUGUCGGACCAGGCUUGGGCAGAGACGAUAAGCUCCUGGAAAAUGCUAAGGGCAUCAUAGAAAAAUCCAGAUCGAGAGGUAUUCCAGUCAUCAUUGAUGCGGACGGAUUGUGGCUUGUAGCACAGCAGCCAUCAGUCAUUCAAGGCUACCAGAUGGGUAUUUUGACUCCAAAUUUCAUGGAGUUCAGUCGGCUGUAUGAAGCAAUGUGCAGGGACCCCUUGGACAUGAAUGAUAACAGGAGAAAUGUCAUGCGUUUGAGUGAAGCCAUGGGCAACCUGACUGUUGUCCUAAAAGGCGAAGAAGAUAUCAUAUCUGAUGGAGACAAAGUGGUGACGUGCAGCCAUGAAGGCAGCAGCCGCAGAUGCGGAGGACAGGGGGACCUCCUGUCCGGCUCCCUCGGAGCGCUGGCUCACUGGGCGUACACGUCGCCGCCUGAGAAAAGACACGGGAUCAAACCCUCACUCAUUGCUGCGUUUGGGGCCUGUAGUCUUACACGCCAGUGCAACUACCAGGCUUUCCACAGACAUGGCCGAGCAACGACCACCACAGAUAUGAUCGCAGAAAUCGGCACAGCUUUUAAAAAACUCUUUGAAAGUUAAAGCCGAGCAGGUUGCAGGAAAAGACAAAGGUCACCAGCCUUCUUCGCCUACUGUAGUAAAGUAAGCCGUUUCAGGUUCAACACUUUCUCAAGUGCAGCAGCAAUCUUAAUGAGCUGUUCUGAAGUCAUAAACAUUUAAAAGCCCCUUUAGCAAUAGACUUUCUAAACAGUAAGAAAGUAACUUCUUAAGUACAUGGAGAACUGCAAAGGUUAUUUCAUGACAAAAUUUGAAUUGCAUUAACUAUUCUUGUGUUAAUACACUUCCUUCCUGCUGGAGUUUCCACUGUGAAACUGAGGCUUAAGAGAAUUUUCACAGUAAAAAUAUACUUGCAUUUUUUUGUUGCAAAUCACUGUGAUGUAGCAUUUUGACAUUUGAAGAGAUUAAUGUUUCUGUAAUUUUCUACAGAUAACUCGGGAUUGUUAUGGAAUUACAAACUAUUUUCUCCAAUUCAUAUUCCUUAUCAUUAAGAGUUUAGUGUUUAUCCCUAAGAAAAAAACAGCUGUAUUUCAUUCCACAGCUUAAAGCUCAAUAUCUAUUUUCCUAUUUAAAUAAAUUGCACAAGGCAGAUUAUUCUGUAUAUUUCAGCCCUUUCUCUCUCCUGUACAGAGGUAAGAGUAGGCAAGCUCUUAAAAGUCAUUAUCAUUCACUAAACCAGAGCUCCUCUACAACACCACCCCCUACAAAUGCUGUAAAUGUGCAAAUGGAGUUACGCCAGCUGUGUUUUAAAAAUACACUGCUCCUUUCUUAAGCAGCAAUACCACUCAAGUCUUCCUCACCAGAAAGUAUACUCAAAUUGAUGGACAGCACAAGUCUUGUGAAAAGAUAAAUAGUUCUUCCCAAUCCUGAAGAAUGCAAGACUUGAGACUAUCCAGGCCUGACAAUCAGUCUCUGCAACAGAAGUUUGCACUUCGGGUCUUGGAGAGUAACAGCACAGUAGGUAAUCUAAAACCUACUGUGGUCAAAAGGUUGGAAACAGUGAUAAUUUAGGCCACUGCAGUCAGCAGUUUAGUCAUCCAGGGAUGAGGUGAACCGAAGAAGACCCAGGGCUCUCUUGGAGUGAUUGACUACUCCAAAACCUUUGCAGUUUUCCUUCAAGUGAAUUUAGAAAAGAAUGUAACUGAAGUACUGUAGCAUUAUGUAACACUUAAUUUUGCCCGUUUUUGUUAACUUCCCAUAACCCGAGCAAAAUAAAACAAUUUUGAAAAGCCUG